AUGAGCACGAUUGCUGUGGCCGGUGGAACCGGCGGCAUAGGAAAGACUAUCGUCGAGGCAUUGCUGCAGGAACCCAAAUAUCGGGUCAUUGUCUUGACGCAAAGUAGUCCCAAAGAGGAUCCAGUUCUCAAACAAACGCAGCAAAUCCAAAUCAACUAUAAUGAUCUUGACCCUAUUGUCGAAACGCUGGAGAAGCAUGCCGUGCACACAAUCAUCUCCGCCAUCGGAAUCUACACCGACGAAGCCGCCCAAUCUCAGAUGAACCUUGUCCAGGCUGCCGAGAAAUCCAGUGUAACCAAGAGAUUUGUCCCCAGCGAAUAUUCAUUUAUCCAAACCGAGGAUCUCCUACCCCACGAUCCCAGCAUUAAGUACUGGCUUGAUGCAGCUGAAUUGCUGAAGAAAACCAAGUUGCAAUAUACUCGGGUCUGCCCUGGUGUCCUCAUGGACUACUGGGGAAUGCCUCGAGUGCGAACCAACAUCCAUCAACACAUUAUCGGGAUCGAUAUACUAGAUCUCGAGGAGUGGCCUGAAUUUAGCAUUUUUGCGGGAGAUGACACUACUUACAAUGAGCUCCUCAAGCUUGCUGAGGAGGCUCGACGCAAACAAUUCGAUGUUGUUUAUGACAGUGCUGAGAACAUCAAAGCAGGUCGGGUCACCGUGCCACCGUUCCUUACUGGGCUUUCUGAGGAGGAGGCCUGGGAACUGACCGUUCUGGUGAGCCGACUCACUAUCGCCGGUGCUUUUGAUCUACCGCAGGAGCGUAUGAAUGCAUUGUUUCCCGAUGUCAAGCCCAUCAAGAUGAGGGAAUUCCUCAUUAACACAUGGAAAGAUGGGGCUUAA